AGGGAGCAAAUCAAAACGUCAGCAAAUUGCAAGGAGCCGGAUGCCAGCCAUCUGCAACUUCUCUAUCAAACCCACUUGUGAGGGCAUGGCUUGGCCCCCUACCGUAAUGAGACCAGAGCCAUAGCUUCUGGAAAUUACUGUCUAUUUGCUGAAGCCAAGGACAAUCUAUGAACUUACUGCAAAUAUAUGUUUGUUGUGGAACAUGGACUACGGAGCACAGCAAACGAGGCAGGCAGUUCCCAGACGAUGCCGUUAACAAAGGACGCAAUUUUCUUUAAAAGCUAAGUGAAGUGUGUUACCCAGACUCCCUGAGUUCAUUUGUCUGUUCAUUUCACGCAUUCUAAUUUUGAGGCUUCUCUCAAAUAUGAAUUACAUCUGAGUUGAUGAAUCUUUCUGUGUCUGAAUUUUCAGUUGCUCUUCAGUUCUCUGUUAUUAUUAUUAUUAUUCCCUUUGACUUUCAUAGUCCUAGGCAUGCCAGACUGGAAAAGACCACGUGACUCACAAAAUCUACUCUCGUUGGCUGUUUCUAUGCUGCUAAGUGAAGGAGAUGAUUAGAACCAUUCCUGUCUUUGAGAACAGAUGGUGUAGGCUGACUAGCCUUCACAUCCUCGCUUGCAUAACGCUUGUUAACUUGAGAGCAAACUGGCCACAUCUAUGCUAUGGGUCUGACUUCAUUACCCUGAGACAUCCUUAUUAUUUUAUGUAUGUAUUUCCAGUUCAAAGUCUCUGAAAUAAUGUGAGGACCACGUUGCAGCACAGUAGAGUGGCAUUUUCAUAGCAAGAAAUUGAGGGGAUGUGUUACAUGACUUUGACUGUGCCAGGAAGGAUGUUUGCAUGUGCAAAGCCUGUUGGGAUAAUAUUGUGGGGAUAUCUUGUCAAGAUGAAGGGACCAAACGUGGCACAGCUUUGCCCAUGAGCCCCUUGGGCAGCUCUCCCUGGUAUGUUCUCUGUAUUGUUUUUGAGUCAGCUGGAGCAAUUCAGGAUAAGGUGGGAAGCAAGCUCACAAUUAAGCAUGUGAAUGCGAAGCAGCUCAGUGCUAUGUUAUCCUCCUGGCCCUCUUUAUUUGGCAGUGCAGAUUUGCUUGCUAAGUCUGAGUAGUCUCUCCCAGUCACACACAGCAGUGGAAUAGAUAACUGAUUUCAACUUGUCCAUAAAACACCUAAUCUGCAAGUUGCAGUCAACAGGUCAUCAAAUAUCUUGUCAGCUUCCUGACAACAAACAUGAUCUACAGGAAAAGACUGGAGUUCCCAGCUAUGCUGAAUGCAUGUGAAGAGCAGGAGAAAGCACCAUAAGAGGAAUCUGUUGAAUAAGACCUUGGGUAGAGUGCAGGAAGUGCUCGUGCUCAGGAGAAGCACAGUCUCAGUGCAUGAUGGUCCCUCCUGGUCUGCUCUUGGAGACUUUGUUUCAGACUGGUCUCCUUUACAUGAUGCUUCUGUCCAUGGACGUCUUCUUACUCUGAAGAAACUCAUCCACCAGGGGAGCAAUGUUAACCUGCUUACAGCAGACCAAGUGUCUCCUCUCCAUGAAGCCUGCCUGGGGGGUCAUGCUGCUUGUGUCAGUGUCUUAUUAAAACACGGUGCUCAGGUGAAUGGUGUUACUGUUGACUGGCACACUCCUUUGUUCAGUGCUUGUGUCAGUGGCAGUGUGGCUUGCUUGAAUUUAUUGCUGCAGCAUGGAGCCAGUCUGCAUCCACCCUGUGACUUAGCAUCCCCUAUCCAUGAAGCUGCUAAGCGAGGUCAUGUGCAAUGUGUCGAAUUCCUCGCGUCCCACGGAGUAAAUAUAGAUCACAACAUCAAACAUCUGGGUACUCCACUUUAUGUAGCUUGUGAAAACCAGCAAGUAAACUGUGCCAAGAAGUUACUUGAGUCAGGAGCAAACGUGAACAGUGGAAAGGGCCUAGACUCCCCUCUCCACGCGGCUGCCAGGAUUUGCAGUCCCGAGCUGGUGACGCUGCUGAUCGACUUUGGAGCGGACAUCUGGGUGAAGAAUGCAGACGGCAAAAGGCCGAUGGAGCUGGUACCUCCGAGCAGCCCCCUAAGUCAACUCUUUCUGCAGAAAGAAGCAGCACAUCCUGCAGCUACAAAACCAAGUGCAAUUACAGUCUGCCAUGGGAGGGAGCCAGGGGGGUGCUGGCUGUCCCCCCACGCAGUUAGGACCUGUAUCUUCUAGUGCCUGUGCUGGGAGGGCAGGCAGCAGGCUCCUGCCCAUCCUGCAGCGAGGAUGCCGAAGCACUGGCUCUGGCUGCCAGAGCCGGCUUGUCUCCUGCUCCAAGCCCUGGUGCCCCCGCACCACGUGUGAGCAAUGCUGCAGCUCAUGCCGACUCAGGGCCCCAGCGUCGGGGGCAGAUCGAGCGUGCCAGCGCUGCUGGACAUCCUGGUCACUUAUCUCCGAAGGCUCGGGCAAGGCUGGGCUUGGUGUACAGCAACUGGCUGCACUACGUCGACGUAGAGCACGUGGAAAACGCUCCCCAUCCUGUGCCGGUGAAAUGAUUAACUUCAGCGGGGAGGUGUACCCAGUCCUCAGCUCACGAGUGGCGAGAAUGACGGCUUUCAAUUAAGACAUCUUACUUUGACAUUUACUGUGUCCACAGUGCAAACCUUCUGUUCACGCGUGGGACACCCGGGAGGAUGCACUGAGUCCCGCGGCUGUGUGCUCUUAUUUGAUGUGAAUUACAAUUCACAUCCUUAGGCUGUCCAGUGUAAAUGCAGGCUACAGAUGCUCUGUAUGAAAGUUUGUUUCUGUGCUCAACAAACACCACAAGAAUGGUUCUGCUGGUUUUGUGGGACACUAGAUCGUACGCUAACGGGACAGACUGACAAACACAUUUUGGUCCAUAACUUCCACUAGGGUACAGACACCUAGAAAUCUUUAUUGAUCUGACUCAAUUACUCUCACAUAAUCUGAGCCAUUCAAAAAUUCCCUGGCUGGUCCAAGACAGCUGUGUACAUUCUUCCCCUCCUGAAGGGGAAAAAAAGUAGAAACUUGUCUUGAUAGACUGAAUAAAAGCAGGUAUCUUGGAUAGGUGGAUUCUUCUAAAGUUGAUGUCUUGGAUAAACAGAAUCUGCAUUGAAUAGAAGGGAACAGACAGUUAACUUAGUCCUUAACUUUCAGAAGUUAAGUGUGCAGAAUCCCUGCUUAGGUGACUACAUCUGAAAAUUGAAAAUGCAGCUUGUAGUUUCAUAUAUGAUGAACAAAUUUUUUACUUACUAGUUUUAUCAUUGACCUUUAAGCAUCUUAUUUUUUCAACCGCAGCCCAUGGGUUUAAAGGAUUAAUGCUAAUGUCAGAAGAAGAUUACUCAGAGAAGGUGUUGAGAGUGUUCUUUCUAACAUUUGUUUUUCUUCUGGAAAAUUCAUAGCAUAAUUCUGUUUACUUGAAUCCCUCUGAUCAUGUAUAAUUAGGAUGAAUGCACAGUUUGUGUCAUCUCAUUAUUUAUUAAAAUAAAUAAUAUUAGUUGUGGUUAACACUGGUGAAUUACAUCUUUAUGCAUCAACAGUAAUCCAGUUGCACACUGUAAAACUUGCACAAGAUGCAAACUGAGUAAGCUCAAAAUAAAUAAGAUUUGGAGCUUUUCCUGUUUUUGAAACCAUUUCAAAUGUAAUGCAGGAUUUCAAAGAUUUUCACGAAUAUAUUUUUUCAGAUUCUUUGCUCUUAUGUUCUUAGCAGUUUAAUGAUAGCCAACCUACAACUGUAUAUGAUAUUUGCUCAGAAAUAUAUGAUUUAUACUCUGUUUUUUGUUUUCAUUCUUUUUUUAUGACUGCUAAUUUUGUGCAGUGUCUGAUAUUAUGGAUUUGAGGACUGAAUUUUAGUUGUUUGUGAUGUUGCCUGCAAAAUAAUAGUAUAUAUUGCUUCUUUUUAAAUACACCUGUAGAUGAGACUAAGUAGAUGCUGUAUAAAUCCUGUCCCCUUGCUGAUGUUUUAAGGUAGAGCUGAACUCUAGCAAUUAUUUUUCUACUCACUUGUGGGUUAGUGAGUAGGGGCAUGACAUUUUGAAAAGCAGGAAAAGAUGUAAAUUAAGAUGGUAACCAUCUUUAAUGUGCAUUUUUAUGCUUUUUUGUUUUGCCUGCUGAGCAAGGGUACCAACUUUUCUUCCUCUUAAAGUCAUCCCAGGCAUGACUUAAAAAGAGAGGCAUGUGCAAUGAUCUGGAUGCUUUCAUAGGCACGGUAGGACCCCUUUUAACUAGAAGAAAGCUUGUGUAAAUCCCUGUACGAUCUAAAGUCCAAGGGGUGUCCACCAGCAUGUGCACUGAAAGGGCUGGAGAGGUGUGGGAGGGUAGGAAUUCCCUCUCCUUUAGGUGCAUCUCUGGAUGUCUGGAUGCCCACACAGACCAGUUCAAAGAGGGAGGGUGAUUCUGGCAAAUUGCUAGUGUUCAAGGUGUUGUUUCUGCUGGAUGCAGGGCUGCUUAUGUAAACUGUUGAACGAAACAGCUAACGCAUUAAUAAAAUAAAACAGCUAAUUCAAGCAAAUAA